AAAAAUUUUCUUAAUGGAACACCUAAGCAUUCACACUCUCUCAUGUGUUCCCCUUUCCCAGUCCAGCCUAAGGUACAUGUGUCGCCCUCUAAGAAGGUGGCCCUGCAGCACCACAACCUGUUGAUGUGCCACGUGACAGAUUUCUACCCAGGCAACAUCCAAGUCCACUGGUACCGGAACAACCAGGAGGAAACAGCUGGGAUCGUGUCCACCAACCCAGUCCGCAAUGGAGACUGGACCUUCCAGAUCCUGGUGACACUGGAAAUGACCCCUCAGCGGGGAGAUGUCUACACCUGCCACGUGGAGCACCCCAGCCUGGACAGACCCAUCACCGUGGAGUGGAGGGCCCAGUCUGACUCUGCCCAGAACAAGACACUGACUGGAGUUGGGGGCCUGGUGCUGGGGCUCAUCUUCCUGGCAGUGGGCCUCGUCAUGCACGUGAGGAGCAAGAAAGCUCAGGGAAGCUCUCAAAGACUUCAGUAAGCAGGUCUCCUGAUCGAUCUGACUGUAUGAGCCUUAGAUCAAGAAUGUUUCUGUGUUUGACCGCAGUGGCUGGUUCUGGAACUGACCGCC